CUGAUGUAGGAAAAACAUGGAUAAGAUCAAGCGACGCAGCGCAAACGAUCGGGAUCUCGAGUCGUGUUCAUGCGAAUUCACAUUCGAUUUAUUCAUGAUUUUCGCAACAGGUGGUGCGCGUCGAUUGUUAUCACACUAUCGUCAGAUGUAUUUUUUCCACGUUGGGGUGUCUUAAUUACCUUCUUAAAGUAAAGAGUUUACGCAAAAAUGAGCGACAGCGAGCCAGAUUCCAUGGAAGGUGCUUCCGCCACGAAAAAGCGAAGCAGUGUACGCAGAACUUCCAGCACCGCUAUUUCCUCGAGUCUUUUCUCUCUAAACUCCGAGGAUCCUAUUUUCGAUUGCGCCUGGCACCCAAGCAGAGACUCGAACCUGUUUGCGACUGCGUCAAUCACGGGAUGCGUUGAUUUCUGGAAACUACCUUUGGAUGGGACAUCAAAUGACGCAGCCUCCUGUGUGUCGCGUCGAAAGCGGCAUAAAGGUGGUGUGCGCGGUCUCGCGUUUGCACCUGGUUGUGGUAGUCAGUGGGUCUCGGUGUCAUCAGAUCAAACGGCGUUGGUGUCGGAUACGGAAACGAACCAGCGGAUUCUGCGAACAGCCUUUGAGAGUGCUGUCAAUGUAGUACGCUACUUGGGCGAGGAUGGAAACGUCCUCCUAUGUGGCCUGGACGAUGGGAGUCUGCACUUCGUUGACAUAAGGGAGCGCACUGGCGCUACUGCUAAAGAGGAUACAGAAACAUGUGCGGGUUCGGGAGGAGUGCAACAUCGACCAAAAAUAGAUAGAAGACCUACUUUUUUCCGCGAGCAAGAGGAUUUCAUUUCAGAUUUGCUGCUGCUGCCUGAGAAAGGUCACGUCUGCGCUACGUCUGGAGAUGGGACUUUGGGUGUAUACGAUUGGCGUCGGCGCAAGCUAUUUGCCUUGUCGGAUCCGCAAGACGACGAGUUGAUGUCUCUUGGUCGCUGUAGACAGGGUUCGAAAAUCGUGUGCGGUGCGCAGGAAGGUGAUCUGAAGAUCUUCACUCUCGACGAUUACGGCGACUGCAAGGACCGCAUCGUCCUCGAUAUCAUCGCGGACGGGAGCGGCCGACGAAAUAAGGGGAGCAACACCGGUGCGGCGCUGGAGAUCUUCGGCAGUCACGCUAAUGCUGGCGCAGCCACGGUUUCUACGAAGAAAAAGGGUGGUUCCCGUCGUGGUGAUUCCACCCUGGCGGUGGAACGCGUUUCAGCGGACAGUCUUUGCAAUGUCGGAGACAAAGACGACUAUCUACUGUGUGGAGGUUCGGAUGGAGCCAUUCGCUUGGUCGCAGUGCAUUCUCAGCUUCACGGUAAUCGCGUCGUGGCCAAGCUAGGAUAUCACGGCGGCGGCUCUCGUCGUGGGCGUAGCGCGAUUGGACACGAGCUUUCUGAAGGCGCCACAAAUAGGGGGAUGAAUGAAGACGACGACAACAACCCAGACGUCGAUGCGGAAGAAGACGAUGAAAUCGCUGCGCCUAGUGCUGUAAUGCCGAUUGAGGUAUUGGCCCAGAGCCCAUGGGAUGCCGAUGUCGUGGCAUCAUGUGGACAUGAUGGCGUAGUUCAAUUCUGGAAUUUUGGCCAAGUCUUAAAGGAAAUCACGAAUCCGAAAGCCGAGAUGAACGUAGAGGCAAAAAAGAAUGCGAAGAAGCGCAAGAAGACUAAGAACAAAAUCAUUGACCUUGCGACCACGCAGACUGCAGCAGUGUCUAAGGGCAAUGACUUUUGGGGCGGCUUAUAACUCAGUUGGGAGACACGGUUCAAUUGAUGAUGUCAAGUAUCUUCGUCCUGGAUUUUCUACUUUUAUACAACUCCUCGCAGCUGCAAUGCUGAUCGUUUUUUAGCAACGAACCAAAAUGUUUAGUAACCCUGCUCAACAUUUUCUCAAAACAAUUGCAUACCAGAGAGUUGUUGUGCUUCGCGAGAAUCUUCGUCUGGAUGUCCG